CUUUUGUGGCGGUUGGCAACACUACUUUUAUUUUUUAAUUGUGAUAGAUGUGUUGUGAAUAAUUACCGAUAAGCAUGGAGACGGUGGAUAUCCAAGCCGUGGAGUCGAAACUGAGCGACGUGACCGUGACUGCCAUCCCCAUGACCCCCAAAGCCCCCCAGCAGCCCGGACAGUCAAAAUACGCGCAACUUUUGGGUGUUAUUGAGGAGAUGGGACGCGAGGUGCGCCCCACGUACGCUGGGAGUCGGAGUUCGGCCGAGCGUCUCAAAAGGGGGAUUGUCCAUGCGAGGAUUUUAGUCCGCGAGUGUUUAAUCGAGACAGAAAGGAGUGCACGACAGUAAUCAAAUCACAGUUACCACCACUGACCAAAAAGCCACUACGUCAAUUUCAAAUAUUCAGGUAUUCAAGUACAAAUCAGCCCGAUUUUUCCCACCAGCUUGUCUAGAUGGUUCCAAAGUGUUACAGAUUUAGAGGUUUAUUGUAAAAAUGGGAUUGGUGCGUUGUUGAAUGACUACCAAGCAUUGAUCUCGUUUCUCGGCUUUGUUUAAUACUUAAAGUAGUUUAUAUUGCUCAGGAGUAAAAUAGGGAACAUAUUUUUACAUAUUUUGUAUCCAAAUAAUUUUCUUUUAGACUUGCACAAUAAAACGUAUUUUUUUUAGUA